CCUAAAAAUCUGAAGAACCCUAAAUCUGGGCAAGGAUGCUUAUGUGCGUCCUUUUCGCGAAUUCCUCCGGCAAUGUGCUGCUCGAGAGAUUUCAUGGAGUUCCCGGCGAGGAGCGCCUUCACUGGAGAUCAUUCCUGGUGAAGCUCGGCACGGAUAAUCUCAAGGGCGCUCGCGACGAGGAAUCCUUUGUGGCGUCUCACAAAUCCGUCCAUAUCACUUACACUGUGAUGGGAGAGAUAUGGAUCUUCACGGUGGGAAAGGAUGAAUACGACGAACUUACGUUGGUGGAAGUUCUAUUCUCGAUCACUUCCUCCGUGAAAGAUGUGUGCAAGAAAAUCCCGACUGAGCGAGUUUUUCUAGACAAGUACGGGAAGAUUUGCUUGUGCCUGGACGAGAUCGUCUCCCAGGGAAUGCUAGAACACACUGACAAAGAUCGCAUACGAAGGCUCAUCAGGCUCAAGCCUAUAGCUGAGAGCUAAAAGACUAGCCUAGCUCGAAAUCUAUAUUGAUUGAUUUCUCCCAGAUCUUAUGAGUGUCAACAAUGGUCGAGGAAAUCUUCGUUUGUAUUUUCUGCGAAGAAUGUAGUUCUUUGUUACAUUCGAUCAAUUUUUACAGCUUGUUCAUGGAA